AUUGCACUGGUUAAUAUUCACUGGGAGAAGAGCUUCAUCCACCCCUUUCCAUAGCUACUUAGCUAUUUAAAUAACACCCCAGGAAGCAAGAGGUUCUGGGAAUCCUGGGUCAGUUUCCUGUUGAAUUUCUGCAGGACUCUGAAGAAGGAGCUAAUGAUGCCUUCUACUCUGACACUCUGCCUGCUGUUGGCUGGGCUGUGCAGCCUGGUCCCCAGCCACCUAGCUGAGGAAGCCCAAGCCAGUGAAGAUACUGGAAAUUAUUAUUCUUCCAGCAGGAAAAUUGCUCCCUAUAUGACUGGUUUUAGCAUAGAUUUGUAUAAAGUGCUGGUUUCUAAGUCCAAUACCACCAACAUAUUCUUCUCUCCUGUGAGUAUCUACACUGCCUUUACCUUGCUGUCUCUUGGGGCCAAAUCAGCGACUCAUGAUCAGAUCCUGACAGGGUUAGGAUUCAACCUCACUGAGAUUUCAGAGGAACAUAUUUCUGAAGGCUUCCAAGAGCUUCUGAGAACAGUCAACCUACCUGGAAGUGACCUUCAACUGACCAUAAGCAAUGGCCUGUUUAUAGACAAAAAUCUGAACCUUGUAGCUAAAUUUCUAGAAGAGAGCAAAAGACUAUAUGCUUCUGAUACCUUCUCUACAAAUUUUGAAGACAAAGAGGCUGCCAAGAAGCAGAUCAAUGACUAUGUGGAGAAGCAAACCCAAGGAAAAAUAGUGGAUUUGAUUAAAGAAGUGGACCCCAGUACGGUCUUUGCCCUGGUGAAUUGCAUAUACUUUAAAGGCAAAUGGGAGAAACCCUUCGAAGCAGAGCUCACUGAGGAACGCCCCUUCCAUGUGGAUGCCAAAACAACUGUGCCAGUUCAAACAAUGAACCGCUUGGGCAUGUUCAAUGUGCUUUAUGAUGAGAACCUGUCCUGCUGGGUGGUGCAAAUGAUAUAUAUGGGAAACGUAUCUGCCAUUUUCAUACUGCCAGACACAGGGAAGCUAGAACAGGUGGAGAAUGCCCUGGACAAAGUGUUGCUUUACAAAUGGACAAACAGCUUAAGUCGCAGGGCAAUCAAUUUAUAUUUUCCAAAAGUUUCCAUGUCAGGAAACUAUGAUCUGAAGGUACUAAGUGAACUGGGAAUCACAGAUGUAUUUGGAAAUAAUGCAGAUCUCUCUGGAAUCACAGAGGAAACAAAACUUAAGCUUUCCCAGGCUGUGCACAAAGCUGUGUUGAACAUUGAUGAGAAAGGAACGGAGGCUUCAGGGGCCACUGCUGUAGAAGCAAUACCUAUGUCCAUUCCCCCUGUGAUAGAAUUCAACAGGCCUUUCCUUCUCUUUAUUUUUGAAAGAAAAACAUGGGGCACACUUUUCGCCGGAAAAGUUAUGAAUCCCAAUGGAAAUUAGCAUCUGCAGCCUCAGCCCCUCAAGAUCUUGGUGUUCUCUCCUCUCCUGCAGAAUAAAGAAGCAACAUCCAUCUCA